AUGAGCUCUCACACCGGGGACGCCGGCUCGGAGGUGGAGCCCAUGCCGGGCUACCUGGACCUCCUCGCCCGAGCCUCCUCCACCAUGCUGGGCGCCUGGAGGAGCUGCUCCUCCUGCGGGCUGGAGCUCUCCCGACGGACUCUCCUGGAGAACGCCUACAUCACCUGGAGCGAGAUCGCCCUGUUCUUCUUCUGCGCCUUUUUGUGGACGCAGGUCAGGCGGGGACUGACAGAAAGUCUGUUUCAGCCUUUAGCACAGUGGUGCCGGCUGCUGCCCAAAGAUGCUACCAAGAUGCCGGAGAGUGCGUGGAAGCUGGUCUUCUACACCCUGUCGUGGUCCUACACCUCCUACCUGCUCUUCUUCAGCUCCUACUCCUUUUUCCACGACCCGCCCUCUGUCUUCUACAACUGGAAGAGCGGUAUGUCAGUGCCUACAGAUAUCGCCAUCGCCUACCUGAUCCAGGGCAGCUUCUACGGCCACUCCAUCUACGCCACAGUCUACAUGGACGCGUGGAGAAAGGACUCUGCCGUCAUGGUGGUGCACCACAUCAUCACACUGGCACUUAUCUGCUUCUCCUACGCCUUCAGAUAUCACAACGUGGGGAUCCUGGUGUUGUUCCUCCAUGACAUCAAUGACAUCCAGCUGGAGUUCACCAAGCUCAACGUCUACCUGAAGACCAGAGGUGGACGUUAUCACCUGCUCAACGACAUCCUGUCCAACACGGGCUCUGUCAGCUUCAGCAUCACUUGGUUCUGGUUCCGUCUCUACUGGUUCCCUCUCAAAGUGCUGUAUGCCACGUGUGUGUCCAGCCUCCAGUCUGUGCCCAACAUCCCCUUCUACUUCUUCUUCAACACUCUUCUCCUCACCCUGCUGCUCAUGAACAUCUACUGGUUCUUGUUCAUUGUUGUGUUCGUGGUGAAGGUGUUGAAGGUGAAGGAGGUGAAUGAUGUCAGGGAGUAUGAGGAGGAGGACGGCAGCAAGGCGGCUGCAGCGGCAGGUCUUCACAGAAACCCUCAGGCAGCAAACAAGGAUGCUGAUGAUGCUGGACAUCACAACUCUGCCCAGGGGAAGCACGUGCAGAACGGGGUCACCAAAGAGAAGCAUCUAUAAUGGGCUCUCUGUCGCCACCACCUGGAUCUAGGCUACAAGUACAACCCAGACGCCCUCUGCGGGAUGGCUCCCACUCAAAUCGCAGCUCCUGAAGGGAAGAGUGCUUCACAACAGAAAAGGAAGGAGGAGACCAAGUCAGGGCGCAUUGUUUUUUUUUUUUUAAAUUAAAUUUUUAUCGGUUUUUAGAACAUUUGACUUCAUCACUGUUUAGUUUUCGGUCUUGUUUUUUUUUUUAUUAGAACACUAUGAAUGUCGUUUCAGGUGACUUUAGGUGUAAUUGUUGCUAACUUAACAUUCACUAGAUUGAGUAGAAACCGACCGGU